AGGGAGGGGCGAGUAGGAGAGCUCUGUGCGCCUCCGCGCCAGCCCCUCUCCCCCCCUGACCCGCGAGUGGGGCUGCACCCACGGCUGUCUCGCUCCAGUCCGGGCUGGGACUCACCCUACCAGUCCGGGAGACCCAAAGGCAGCGAAAACACAGGAAGCAGGAGAGGGACCCGAGUUAGAGCUUGGCCUUUGGAAUCAACCAGCACUAAUCUUGGCUGUCGGGAGGAGACAGAAGGAGCGCGCAGAGACUCCAGUUUACAGACGGACUGCUCUCAAGAGAGUGGGAGAAACAUCUGUGAGACGGACAUGGAUACAAAGAAAGAGAAAAGCAUCUGUGAGAUGGAGACAGAGAUGAAAGUGGAAGAUCUCUGUGAGAUGGAGACAGAGACAAUGAAAGUGGAAGAUCUCUGUGAGGUGGAGACAGUGACAAAGAAGAAGAAAGACAUCGGUGAGAUCGUCUCUGAGACAAUGAAAGUGGAAGAUCUCUGUGAGAUGGAGACAGAGACAAUGAAAGUGGAAGAUCUCUGUGAGGUGGAGACAGUGACAAAGAAGGAGGAAAACAUCUGUGAGAUCGUCUCUGAGACAAUGAAGGUGGAAGACCUCUGUGAAGUGGAGACAGUGACAAAGAAGAAGAAAGACAUCUGUGAGAUCGUCUCUGAGACAAUGAAAGUGGAAGACCUCUGUGAAGUGGAGACAGUGACAAAGAAAGAGGAAGACAUCUCUGAGAUGGAUGCAGCCAUGCCCUGCUCAUCCACAUUCGACUGUGCCUCCGGAUCAGGGCCGUCGCUGAAUCUUCCUCCCAAGUCGCAGUCAUCAUCUAAUAUCAAAAAAGCAACCUCCAAAACUGGGUGA